AUGUCAUCGAUAAAUAAAGAUGAACUUAUUAGCAAUUUUAUUGCUAUUACACAAUGUUCAAGUGAAUUAGCAGCAGAAUAUUUAGAAGCUGCACAAUGGAAUGAACAAGCAGCUCUAAAUUUUUUUCUUGAAAGUAAUGAUUCUGUUCCUUCGACACAAACAAUAUCAUCGUCAGCAAAUACUAAUCAAAAUAUUCCUUCUGAAAAUACUGUAUCUAGUACAACAAAUGAUAAUGAAUUAGAAGAGGAUUUAUUACAAUCUGCUCUUGAAGAUAGUCUUCGUCUUAAUCCAUCAGUCGUAAUUCCAAAACGAGUUAAUAGUCAUAAAUCAAUAAUAUCAUCGAAAAUAAAUACUUUUAACGAUGAUGAUAAUGAUGAAUCAGAUGAUCAAGGUCAAGCUUUUUAUGUCGGUGGUUCAGAACAUAGUGGUCAACAAAUUCUUGGACCACCAAAAAAGAAAGAUAAUGAUAAACAAGUAACUGAUUUAUUUGAAGCAGCUCGUAAACAAGGAGCUACAGAAGUUGAUGACAAUAAAUUUAAUGCAUCAUCUCAUACAAAAACAGAAAAACCAUUUGCAGGUGUUGGAUAUUCUUUAGGAGAUGAUAAUACAUCAUCACAUACUCAAGGUCAAUCAUCAUCAUCAUCAUCAGAAGCUGCAUCAUCUAAUCAAGCAGAAGAUUUGCCAAUUCGAUUUUAUUCAAAUGGAUUUACUGUUGGUGAUGGUGAAUUACGUAAAUUUGAAGAUAAUAGAGAAUUUAUUGAUCAUCUUAAACGUGGUGAAGUACCACCUGAACUUAGAAAUUUAAAUAAUCGUGGACGACAAGUUGAAGUACGUCUUGAAGAUCAUCAUAGUGAAGAAUAUAAACGUGUUGCACCUACAUUUAAACCUUUUGGUGGUAGUGGUAAUACAGUUGGUUUUUCUGGUCCUGGACAAAUUCCAUUAAAAUCGUCUACUGCAUCAUCUGUAAAUACAACAUUAAAUUCUUUGGAUGGAAAUAAUCUUGAGAAACUUGCUGAAAAAUACUUAAAAACUUCAUCAUCAUCAUCAACAACAAUUCGUCUUCGAUUACCUGAUAUUUCCAUGCCAAUAUGUGUUAAAAUUGAUCUUAAUCGAACAUUAGCUGAUAUACGAAAAUUUCUUACAGAAAAUGUUCAAUCACUUCAAUCAAAUACAUUCGAAUUUAUGGAACCACCAUCAACAAAAAUAAAACGUGAUGAUGAAAAAAGAAAAAUUAGUGAUACAAAAUUAUCGAAUUCUACACUUGUCGUUCGACGAAUUGCUUAA